GAGCUCUCGGGAGAGACUCCUGCAUGGCAGCCUUGCGGCCGCGUUCCCGCAAAAGAGCGUGCGGAUUUUUACGAAUUCGUGGCGUGCAACCUGUUUUUCGCUACCGUCGCCAUAGCCAUUUCCCUAUUUCGCUCUCGAAGAGUCGAGGCACACCAGGCCAGACGUAUUGCUGUACGAAUCGGACUUGUUAGAGGUGGUGGAUAG